CUCCGCCACCGUCUACAUCGACUGCAAGGACGUCGGGUGCCCAUUCCUUUACGUCGUUGCCGACGGUGUCACCGUCGACGAGGCCUUGCGGCAGCCUUUCGCCGUCCCUCCCGCUCCCGUCAUCUGGUCGUUCUUCGCCUUCCCCGACCUGAAGAACUACCACGGAUUCACAAGGCCGCUGAUGUCGAUCCAGAUAACCGAGCUCGUCGACGGAGUGUUCCUCGGCUGGACGAUCAACCACGUCGUCAUCGACGAAACCACCCACUGGAACUUUCACCGGAUCUGGUCAAGUACUGUCGCGGAUCUGGCGAUUAA